AUGCGCUUUACAUGGGGAAUUCUGAUUUGUUUAACGCCCUGGUCAGGGGCUUGGGCUCUUUACAACCAGUCUACGGGCUUCUCUCAAGAGAACGUUGAUAAUGGUGUUGCCUUGCAAGAAAUUGCCACCCAGGCCCUUAUACAAAUGGAGCAAGAGUCCCUGACAACUAAUGGUUGUCGUCUUGAAGAGGCUCAGGUUCGCAGAGAAUGGCGCGACUUAUCGCUAGCUGCCCGAAAGGAAUUCACCGACGCUGUUACGUGUUUGCAAAGCCUUCCUACAAAUAUCUCAGCAGACGCAAAGAAGACUUUCCAGGGGGUACAGUCUCGGUAUGAUGAGUUUGUAGCAACCCACAUCAACCUGACUGAGUAUAUUCAUGUGACUGCUGAUUUCCUCGCGUGGCAUCGGUACUUCAUUCACGCGUUUGAAAAUGCCCUGAAAGUCGAGUGCAACUAUACAGGCACCCUUCCCUAUUGGGAGUGGGGAUAUGAUGCAGAGAAUCCUCAAGACUCUGUCCUUUUCAAUGGUGAUCCCUACAGCAUGGGAACUAACGGGAAAGACCUAAACCAAACGUCUCUCUACUGGGAAUCUUUGAAUAUGAGUAUCCCAGCUGGGACUGGGGGUGGGUGCGUAUAUGCGGGCCCCUUCACCAAUUACACGGUCGACAUGGGUCCCAUUAAUGCUCCUGGGGAGCAACCAGUUCAAUACAAUUUGGAGUACAAUCCGCGCUGCUUGUCGCGGGAUUUGAAUCCGACUGUCUCCCAGACAUCUAUCUCCUUCCGGAACGCCACAAAGUUGAUACUAUCGUACGACACAAUUGACUGGUUUCAAGGUGUCAUGCAGGCGGACCAACGAUUCAGAGACCCCACCGCCCCUCAAUCGUUUGGGGUCCAUGGUGGAGGUCAUCUAACGGUUGGGAGCGUCUUGGCGGACAUUGACACCAGCCCUGCUGAGCCGAUGUUCUGGCUUCACCAUGCACAAAUUGAUCGUGUCUGGACAAUCUGGCAAGGACUAGAUCCGGCCAAUAGGCGGAAUGCGAUAUGGGGUACUCAUACACGAAGCAACGAUCCGCCUUCUUCGAACAUGACGUUGGACGAGAUGAUUGACUUUGGGUUUAUCUCCCAACCUCGACAGUUUGCUGAUUUGAUGAACCCACUAUCCGGGCCGUUCUGCUACUACUACACGUAG